AUGUUCUGUCCUUGCAUUGAUUGCCGCAACGUCUGCCACCAAUGUAGUGAAACAGUUUUGGAACAUCUAGUCAUUAGAGGGAUGGAUCAUAAGUACAAGAGAAGUAGAUGUUGGAGUAAGCACGGCGAAAUAAGGGAUGGUAAGACGAACGAUGUUCAGACGUCAGAGCAUGAGGCUUAUGAUCUGAUUAGGACAGCGUUUACGGCGAAUGAAUUCAAGCACACUACUCAGAAGCAAAAUGUGGAUCAAUUGGAUGAUCCACAAUACGAUGAAGAAAUUGAGUUUAGGAAGAAGUUAGAGAAUGCAGAAACUCCAUUGUACUCGACCUGCGAGAACUACACCAAAGUUUCUGCAAUCAUGGGUCUCUAUAGAAUAAAGGUGAAGAGCGGUAUGUCUGAGAAUUAUUUUGAUCAGCUUCUAAUGCUAGUUAGUGACAUGCUACCUGGAGACAAUGUCUUGCCUAAGUCCACAGAUCAAAUGAAGAAGUUUUUGAAGGUUUUUGGAUUUGGCUACGACAAUAUUCACGCAUGCAAGAAUGAUUGCAUUCUAUAUAGGCAUGAAUAUGAGGAAUUAGUGAGCUGUCCAAGAUGCAGUGAGUCAAGAUGGGAAAGAGAUAAACACUCUGGUGAGGAGAAGAAAGGUAUUCCGGCUAAGGUGCUCCGUUAUUUUCCGAUAAAAGACAGACUACGAGGAUGUUCAGAUCAAAACGACUGGCAGAGGAGUUACAGUGGCAUUUUACUAAUGCUAGUACCGAUGAUACCUACAAACUCAAAAGAACAUUCAACUAGGCUUCGAUGGCUUGCGUUUGGACCAAGACGUAUUGCUCAAAGCUACAAGGGAUAUGUCAUAAAUGGUCAUCGUUUCCAUACAGAUGACGUGAAGAGGAAGACACAGAACAGUGGUAUAUCAUAUGAAGCUUUCUCGAUGUGCAGAGCUAGUGCCAAGGACACGAGACAUAUGGCUGACAUAGUAGCAUUCUACGGAGUGAUAAAGGAGAUCAUCUUGAUAGACUACCACAUGUUCCAGGUUCCGCUUUUUAAGUGUGUAUGGGCAAAUAAAGGAAAUGGCUUGAAAGAGGAAGAUGGGUUCACGCUUGUGAAUCUCCAUAUGUCACAAUCAACAUUUAUCAGUGACCCUUACAUAUUGGCGUCACAAGCUAAGCAAGUUUUUUAUUCGAGAGAAGAAGGGUCCUCGCCUUGGUAUGUUUUCAUGAGAGCGCCACCUAGAGGAUACCAUGAGUUAGAGACAGAAGAAGAGUUUGUUUCAGCGACGUUAAGGAUACCAACUGAAGAAGAAGGAGAUAAUUCGUCUGAUGAUGAAGCUUUCUGUGUUAGAGAUGAUUGUGAAGAUAAAGAGCUUGACAUUGAUGAAGAUGAUACUGAAAUAGCCGAAGGGAAUGAAGAUCACAUUGGCAUAUCCGAAGAGAUUCAAGAGAGUGGAGACAUUCAGCAUUCAGAAGAAGAAAGAGUAGACACAGACGACGUAGAGCAAGAGGUUGUUCCGCCUGAAAACGUAGCAAGAGAACAAGAAGUCCAGACACAGCAGUCAGCGAACAAUAAGAGAAAGACAAGAGGUCCAACUAAAAUGAGGAAAGUUGCAAAAAAUCACGAUGACAGGGUAGAAGUGGAAUUCACCUCUUUAGGUGACCAUGUUGGUAGUGGGUCAGUAACACUCUCAUCUUUCCUUGGUCCUCUGGUCAGAGAGCAUGUCCCAGUUCUUCUUGAUGACUGGAGACAUCUGGACGAGCAGACAAGAGAUACUAUGUGGGAGGAAAUUCAGGGGAGAUUCAACUUGAAAGAAAGUUGGCAAAAAGAAACGGUAUUCAGACAUAUGGGUUGUUUGUGGAGAACCUCCAAAUCUAAGCUUGUGACACUUGAUCGUGCCACAAAAUGUAAGUCUCAGCUACAGAACUUGAAGCCAAGCAACAUACAAUCUACAGCUGCAUGGAACGCUUGGGUGAAAAGAAAAACAAGUGAAGCUUUUACGGUUUAA